AUGGAACCCUUGCACUCGAAUCUUGCUGGAAGCCGCUUUUCUCUCGGGGCUCGAUAUACAGCCGCUGUCACCAACCUGCUGGAGUCCCUUGUGUCCAGUCCAGAGCUCACGCUUGCUGGAUGGUCGCUUGAUACACCCGAAUGCGAUGACAACAUUCGGAAUGUUUAUAACGAGCUUUGGCAGGAUGUCUCUCUAGGCGAUACAGAAGAACAUCGUCAUUCUAGUAUGAAAGAUGCGGAAAUGAUGAGUCAAAACGCAAACCUUGCCCUUCUUUACCACCAAGAGCGAUUCGAGAACUCAUCCAUAACGGUCAAGGAGGACCAAAAGGAUAAGAAAGACACGCAGGACUACAAGAGACUUGCUACUAUCUGUGACUGGACGCAUCCAAGAUACGACAACCCGCUUUCUGGCCGGUUUCGCCCGACCUUCGAAUCCCCAUUCUUCAAUGUCCGGGUCGUAUACGAGUGGCGAAACAAACAAAUUGUUUACGCCCAUGUUAUGCUCAUUAUGCGCACCGGAGCAAUUGUCUUUGAAGGCGAGUUGCUGUUUUGCGAGCUAGCAUGCGUUCUCGGCAUUUUCUUCCACGGACUUGGCAACGGCCGUGUGAUCCAGGCAAGAUACGACACGUCCGGCGUUUUGAGGGUCAGGACUUCGCCGAUCUACUCCUUUCAGGAUACAGAUAAUCUGCUCUGGCGUCUCUUCCUGAGGUACUAUGCGUGCAGCCCCUACUAUGGCGAAGACGCCGAAUUUUUCGAGGACAAAGACGAGUCCGGGUAUGUCCCUAGUGACACUGGGUCCCGCCUGAGCUCCAGUGUGCCUGCCAGGGAACCAAAACACGUUCCCAAAAAGACUUCCAGGCUCUUCGAAGACAAAGAGAAUAAAAGAGAACCUUGA